AUGGUGAUUUAUUCUAUCUCCCUUGCCGAUUUGAAAGUCGAGCACUGCUCCAACACCACCGAGAUUCACUUGAUGAGGUUUUGGGAGGCUAGAAAUGUGAGAAAAGACGGUCAGUUCAUGAGUCUAGACAUGCUCCUCAUCGAUGAGAAUUCGACGGUUAUUCAAGGUUCUGUUAAUGUGAACCGUCAAUUCAUGUUCAGGCAGUAUCUCAGCGAAGGGUCAGUCUACAGGUUGAGCGGGUUCGAUGUAACGUGCAACAACCUCAAUUGGCGGAUGUUGGAUGCCCCUUUCUAA